AUGGAAGUCACCAACAAAUACAUAGUGAUAAAGAAUCACAUAGAAGAUGCACCAAAAGAGUCUCAUUUUGAGAUCAAAACUGAGCCUUUUGCUCUUUCAUUGGAGCCAGGUUCUGAUAACGUCAUAGUCAAGAAUUUAUGCAUUUCUAUUGAUCCAUAUCUUAUUAACCGCAUGAAAAGCUACAGCCCUUCCCAGAAAGCUUUAAGCCUUACAACUCCCUUAACUCCCGGCAAGGUUAUUGAUGCUAUUAUUAUUGGAAAGGUUGUGACAUCUGGGAAUGAUAAGUUUGAAAAAGAUGAUUUGGUUUUGGGAGUAUUCACUUGGGCUGAGUACAGUGUGGUUAAGGAACAAAACAUAAUAAGAAAAUUAGAGUCUUCUGAAUUUCCACUCACUUAUCAUCUUGGAGUUCUUGGAUUUAGUGGAUUGUCAGCUUAUGCGGGAUUUUUCGAUAUUUGCAAACCUCAAAAGGGUGAAAAGGUGUUUGUUUCAGCAGCAUCGGGAUCUGUUGGAAAUAUUGUAGGACAAUAUGCAAAACUCUUGGGUUGUUAUGUUGUUGGCUGUGCUGGAAGUCAAAAAAAGGUGGCAUUACUCAAAGAAAAACUAGGAUUUGAUGAUGCCUUUAACUACAAGGAAGAGACAGAUCUAAACUCCACUCUUAAAAGGUACUUUCCGGAUGGAAUUGACAUAUAUUUUGACAAUGUUGGAGGGGAAAUGCUAGAAGCAGCAGUUGCUAACAUGAAAGCAUUUGGUAGAGUGUCUGUUUGUGGAGUGAUCUCUGAGUAUACUGAUGCUGAGAAGAGAGCAUCACCAAAUAUGAUAGAUGUGGUGUAUAAGAGAAUCACCAUUAGAGGAUUUUUGGCUACUGAUUAUUCUAAUAUUUUCGCUGAAUUUUCUGCUAAAACAAUGGAUUAUCUUCGUAAUGGACAGUUAGAGGUGAUUGAAGACAAGUCAUUGGGUGUAGAGAGCAUCCCUUCUGCAUUUGUUGGGCUUUUCAAUGGAGAUAAUGUUGGAAAGAAAGUUGUAGUUUUAGCAGAAGAGUGA